CGGGUUACCACCGAGAACAACGAGGAUGGCGCAUAUGGCGACCAUAAGGUCGUAUACUCGACUGCGUCGAUGUAGAGAAAGAAGCUCGUUGUUCGCUGUUUCCCGUCCGUGUCUUCUAGUUUGGACGUUGCAGAGGAGUGAGUAGAGCGGGGAAAGACGGCCAAGAUUGGACAAGGUAGGUAAGCAAGUGCUGUAUAGUGGUGCAGUAUAUUCCAAGGGAACACCCGAAGAGAAGAUGAAGUCUUUUGGGAGAGCGCUCGAUCCCAAAAAGCCAGUUUGACGAGAUCGACCGGCUUGAGAAGACGAUGAAGAUUUCCUUUGAACACGAUCAGUGUUGGAUGGAAUGAUCUAGUGAGGUGCCAAUUUCGGGAACAAUGUGAGAGGUUCCUAAUUUUUCACAAUUUGGACGUCGUCAGUGGUGAGUGGCCAUUUAGGAACAAGGUCGUUUUUACGACAGGUUGAAUGUGACUCCCGGGAUUAAAAAGUUUUGACGAGACCCUGACCGGAAUACCAAACACCUACCUACCUCUUCAUCCACUCCCGCACUCCUCCAUACUUACACACAAUGAAGGGCGUUUUCUUCUUCCUGGUCGUGGCCAUUUCCAUCCAGGACUUCAGUGAUUGCUGUGAUUAUGAUGACAUGGUCACUGGCUGUCGACUUCAACCCAAUGUGGGAGCCACCUCUGGAGGAUUGGAAUGUCUGUGUGGAAUUGGAUGCGAGCGGGAGUUCCAAUUCGAAAGUCGAGCAAAAUGUGAGGCUGCUCUCAAAUCUGGACUCCUAUCCGAUAUUGAUCCAUGUCAUGGCAAGCCUUGCUUGAACCAAGGCCAAUGCCUUCAACUCAAACACGGCCAAUAUCGUUGUGAGUGCACUGGAACUGGAUUCCACGGAGAGAAAUGCGAAAAAGAAUGCCCGAAGAGGAUUGGAUCGAAUGCAUUUCGGAUUACGGAAGAUGAGAAGUUCCCCCUGGAAUGUAUCCAAAUUUAAUGGGAGCCCCUCGAGUGAAUGCUCAAAAAGAGCUCAACUCACUUAAUAUUCCCUAUUCUCGUGGAUCUCAUUUUCCAAGUGCUUUUUUGAUCUCAACCGAGCUUCAAACUGACAAAAACCUCAGACUUUUACCCAGGGUUUAUUGGAUGGGCAUUUGUGAACUGUGCGCGCUCAAAUAACGUUUGAAUGCGACUUUUUGUAAGUGUAUCUGUAUCUGGAUGAAUUUUAUUUAUGUAUCAAAUAUACACAAAUGUUUCAUUCAA